CAGGGAUGACCAGAGACUGCGGACACAGUACAGGGAUGACCAGAGACUGUGGACAUAGUACAGGAGAUGACCAGAGACUGCGGCCACAGUACAGGAGAUGACCAGAGACUGCGGACACAGUACAGGGAUGACCAGAGACUGCGGACACAGUGCAGGGGAUUACCAGAGACUGCGGACACAGUACAGGGGAUGACCAGAGACUGCGGACACAGUACAGGGAUGACCAGAGACUGCGGACACAGUACAGGGAUGACCAGAGACUGCGGACACAGUACAGGGAUGACCAGAGACUGCGGACACAGUACAGGGAUGACCAGAGACUGCGGACACAGUACAGGGAUGACCAGAGACUGUGGACAUAGUACAGGAGAUGACCAGAGACUGCGGCCACAGUACAGGAGAUGACCAGAGACUGCGGACACAGUACAGGAGAUGACCAGGGAUGACCAGAGACUGCAAACAUAGUACAGGAGAUGUCCAGAGACUGCGGACACAGUGCAGGGGAUGACCAGAGACUGCGGACACAGUACAGGGAUGACCAGAGACUGCGGACACAGUACAGGGAUGACCAGAGACUGCGGACACAGUACAGGGAUGACCAGAGACUGCGGACA